AUGGGCUCACAAUCACAAGCCAACCUCCCAAUCGUAUACUUCACCCGGGAAACUCUGAAGCCAGGCGCGAGUUCUUGGCUGUCAACUUGCAAGAAAGUGCGAGAUGCACUUGAGAAGCACAGCUGUUUCUUGGUUCAGUAUGAAAGAAUUCCUUCAGAGCUGAUCAGUGCAAUUUUCCUGCAAUUAGGAGAGUUAUUUGAUCUUCCCACAGAGACCAAAGUCCAAAAUAUUACCACAACUGAUGGUUUGUUCGGCUACUUUGGGCAACAGCCGACAAAUCCUACUUAUGAAGGCAUGGGAAUUGAAGAUGUAAAUAAUCCAGAAGCAGUGCUCAAGUUCACAAAUCUCAUGUGGCCCUCAGGAAAUGAUAGUUUCUGGUAUAUUUGA